ACACGCCUCCGGUCCCGCCCACUCAUAGUGCGCCCCGGGUUGCAGUACCGUUAGGCAGCAGAACCGGGAUCAGCUCGGAGAGGCUGAUCAAGAGAGCGAGCCGAGCAGUGCCAGCGACACCGAGACCCGCCCGGAGAACAGCAUGGCGGACCGGGAGCAGCUGCUCCAGAGAGCCCGUUUGGCGGAGCAGGCGGAGAGAUACGAGGAUAUGGCGGCAGCUAUGAGAGCGGUCACAGAACUCAAUGAGCCAUUGUCUAACGAAGACCGGAACCUGCUGUCCGUAGCAUACAAAAACGUAGUGGGUGCGCGAAGGUCUUCAUGGCGAGUCAUCAGCAGUAUUGAGCAGAAGACGCUGGCUGAUGGGAACGAGAAGAAGCUGGAGAAGGUGAAGGCGUACAGAGAAAAGAUCGAAGCUGAACUGGAGGCUGUAUGUAAUGAAGUCCUGGCACUGCUCGACAAGUUCCUCAUCAAGAAUUGCAAUGACUUCCAGUAUGAAAGCAAAGUUUUCUACCUGAAGAUGAAGGGAGAUUACUAUCGUUACCUGUCAGAGGUCGGCAAUGGGGAUAGGAAGCGAAGCGUAACGGAUGCGUCUGAAGCUGCAUAUAAGGAGGCCUUUGAAAUUAGCAAAGAGCACAUGCAGCCUACUCACCCCAUUCGUCUAGGCCUAGCUCUCAACUUCUCAGUCUUUUAUUAUGAAAUACAGGGUAGCCCCGAACAAGCUUGCCUCCUCGCCAAGCAGGCCUUUGAUGACGCUAUCGCUGAGCUGGACACGCUAAACGAGGAUUCCUACAAGGACUCCACCCUCAUCAUGCAGCUCCUGCGUGACAACCUGACCCUGUGGACAAGUGACCAGCCCGACGAAGAGACCGGAGAAGGCAACAAUUAAAGCGGGUGUUGCGUCUUGCUACAGCCCAUUACUUACCCUCUCCCCUUCACCACAUGCCGAACCCCUUUCCCCCCCUUACCCUUCCCCCCCACCGCUGCCCCUGACAUGUCCCUGUGCUUAUCAUAUCCGUAUCAUUGGCACAACUGCUCAUACUGCUGCGUGCCCGGGGAGACGGGCUCUCGCGGCGUUCUUUUGGGCAUUGCUGGAUUGCGUUGGCACAUCAGCCGUUUCUCGGGUUGCCCUCGCGUUGUUCAGGGGAUAAGGGAGGCUGCAGUUUCAGAGAGGCGCCCGCACUCUCCUUGCCGAUAGGGCACUUACGGGCUGGAAAGAUGCAAAGUGGUCCCGUUUUUAUUUUGUAAAGAAGUUGUUUUUAGUUUCCAUUUGUGCAGCGUUCCCUUUUGCAUGUAAAUGCCUCCACCCCCCCCCCCCCCCCCCCCCCUCGGAUCCCUUUCUUCCCACAAAGAAGGCAGCGCACAGCUCCAGCUGCGAUUGGCUGCAGUUCCCCUAGUGGGAAAUAUGGGGGUCCACCUGUUUUUGUUAGCUAACAAUAGACGUUUUUAAAUGUGAGCUUUGUGAAGUUUCUAUUUGCCCUUUUAACUUAUGGUGUUACAAUUCUACAUCCCUUCUCAGUUUGAACGUCCUAAAAGUUACUGUGUUUUUUUUUUCUUUUUUGUUUGUUUUUGUUUUUGUUUUGUUUUUUUCAUUUGUUUUCUAAUCACUUAAUUAUUCUGGUAAAGGGCCUCAUUAUUUGGUUGUAAGCCUUGUGUAGGACAGUCCUUCUCAGGACUGGCUGCAUCUGCACAGUGUGUAUUAGCCUGUUCAUGAUGGAUGCCAAUAAAAUGCCAGACACCCAAUAUAAAUGUUUUGAAAAUGCGUGAAUGAAAUAAAUGCUGCUUUGAGGAUAUUA